AUGGCUUCAUUAUCAAUUUUCUCGGCGAUUUUCAUUGUUUUAAGCUUGGCAGUAUGUUCAUCAUCAAAAGUCACAACAUUUUAUCCAACAGUACCGACAACAACAAAAUUCCCAUCAAUUUCUGUUCUUUCAAAUUAUUCCAAUGAAUUAACCAAGAACAGUCCUAAAGUUCCCGGCGCAACCGAAUAUUAUCACACAAUAAAUAUCAUUGUAAAAAAAUCAGGUCUCUAUACAUUUACAAGUCAAAGUAAUUUGAAUACAUUUGGUGUUCUUUUUAUGGAUCGGUUUGAUCCUUUAAAUAUCGGUUUAUAUUUAAUUUCGUCGGUCAAUUUAUUUGACGACAACCAUCAAUUCAAAUUAUCACAUAAUCUUAAAGAAGGCACUCCAUAUGUUUUACUGAUUACAACGACUUCUGCAUAUCAAACAGGAAAUUUCACGAUUAUUGCAUCAGGUCCUGAUCAUCUUCAACUUUUUUGA